GUGAUCAUCUUCUUGGUUUUGCUCGUAUGGUGGCUGGAGAUUUCCCCUGACACCGGGCUCGAGUUCCUGGACUACUUUUCCGGAAAGGCUCGCUUGUCUCUGAUGGCUGAAGGGGCUGGUUAUCGAGUACAAGCUUACGACAAGACUUAUGGUGAUGAGCGUGCCAAGAAAAACAAGAAAAGAUCGGCCAUGGAUCUCAAUUCAAACGCAGGAAUGGUGAUGGCCAUCUCGUUGAUUUUGCGGUCCAAACUGGACAAUGUCGUGGCGGCCCUGGGUGUGGUAUGCUCAACCUGGGUGCCGGUUAACAGAGGCACGUCGAAGCGCUGCUACCUGUGCCCACACGGGGAUGAGUCAGUGGUCAGUGUUCGCAAAGCCAACAAGCUUAUGGCCAGGAGCACCAUCUUGAUGUACUUGGUCGUCGCAGCCGGUGGCCAUUAUGUCCUGGAGAAUCCGCAGGGUUCUCUGAUAGCCCUACAUGAGCGCUAUGUGCAGUUUCUACGACGAUUACAGGACCUGGGUGUCACAACAUACAAAGUUUCUAUGUGGAUGCGCAAGUUCGGAAGCUUCACCUGGAAGCGGACAUGGCUGUGGUCUACUUCGGAUGAAAUCCAGCAUCUGGACUUGGGGCGCAUGACUCCGGAGGAAAGAGCAACAGAUGUUAAAACGGUAACACGUCAGGAUAGAAACGGAAAGGCUUGUUGGACUGCCAACGAAAACCUCAAAAGUACGCAGACCCUUGUCUGA